AUGAAGAAACUUCUACCAAGUAAGAUAAUAUGUACACUAGGUCCAGCAAGCAGUUCUGAAGAAAUAAUCUGUAAGAUGAUUGAUGAAGGAAUGUCUAUUGCAAGGAUCAAUCUAAGUCAUGCAGCUGGAGAAAGCAGCCAUGCAGUCCUUAAUAUGCUAAACCACCUUAGAGAAAAUAUAAAGUACUCUGCGCUCAGUAUUGCUAUGGACACAAAGGGACCUGAAAUUCGCACAGGAAUAGUUCCUGACGUAGGAAUCCUGAUUAACCAAGGGGACACAGUUGUCCUCACUACUGACACAAAGUACUCAGACAGCUGCGAAAAGAGUAAAGUAUUUAUAGACCACAAAAACAUAUACGACGACUUAAGCGAUGCAUGCCGCUCAAUCUUCAUUGAUGACGGUAAGCUGGAGCUUGAAGUACUUAGUGUAUCCAAGAAAAGAGAAGAAAUCACCACGAAAGCCAAAAACAGCGGGUGUAUCUUGUCUAGAAAGGGCGUAAAUAUCCCUAACAUAAAGCUGUCCCUUCCUAAUCUAACAGAGAACGACCGAAAGUCCAUUGAGUUUGGCAUUCAGCAUGGAGUAGACUUAAUAUUUGCUUCGUUCAUUCAAAGAAGACAGGAUAUAAAGGACAUAAAACAGAUGCUUACUGGAAGGCCAAAUGUGAAAGUCAUUGCUAAAAUAGAAAGUACAGAGGGACUGAAUAAUCUAUCCGAAAUAGUAGAGGAGGCAGAUGGAGUGAUGAUAGCAAGGGGUGAUUUAGGAAUAGAAACAGACUACUCAAAUCUUUUCUUUUCCCAAUGCAUGAUUGCGAAAGAAUGCAAGUACCAGAAAAAGCCGUUUAUUGUUGCCACUGAGAUACUAGAAAGCAUGAAGUGCUCUUUAAAGCCAACCCGUGCAGAAGUAACUGACCUUUCCUUUGCUGUUCUCUCAGGAGCUGCCUGUGUUAUGCUAAGCGGAGAAAGCGCUGUAGGCAUUGAUCCUGUAAACACUGUACGCGUAAUGCACAAAAUAGUAGAGAAAAGCAGUGAGGCAGUUCUUUUCCCAGAGGCUUUCAAAGACCAAAUAACCCUGCAGCCUCCCGUAAUGAAGGUUCUAAUCUCAAAAUCAGCAGAGUCCCUUCGAAGCACACAUAUUUUAUUUGGAUGGGGGGCUAUUCAUGCAGACCUUGCCAGUGACAAUGUACAGAUCCCGAAUGGGUACCAGUUAGAGAGAGUUCUUGAUGAGAAAUAG